AUGGACCUUGACGGCGGUGACUCCCCGUGGGGCGAUGAACCCUCGCGGUCCGGUUCCAGCCAUGGAGUAACUCAGCCCGAGACUAACGAACUUACUUCCGCCGAGCCCGCACUCUCCGAGAACAGGGCCGAGGUUCGCACACCGAGUCGACGAGGUGCUCGCGCAAACCGAAAGAUCAGUGCGCAAGCGACCCGGCUCGAGGCUGUCGAUGACACCGUUGAUCCUCUUGGCCCUCUUGGAGAAGCUCCUGCUGAGACGAUCGCGACCCCAACUGACGAGGCUCCAGCACCUCCCCAGAAAGAAUCACUAGCCGCUCGUGGCCCCCAGCCUGCUUCGACUUUCGCUCAAAUCCCUGGUGCGACAGGAUUGGCCGGCUCGGUCAAUCUUGAAGAGGAUGGUGGCAGUUUCAGGGGACCCCCGCCUGUCCAGCCUGCGGCGGAUGCAGAUGGCCCACAGCGGCAGACGCAGCCAAGUAUGAGCGUGGAGCAGGCUGCGAAACCUACCUUUGAGAUUCAUGUCGGAGACCCACAUAAAGUGGGAGACAUUACAAGCAGCCAUAUUGUGUACCAGGUCCGAACAAAGACUUCAUCGAAAGCUUACCGCCAGCCCGAAUUCACCGUCACACGCCGCUACCGCGAUUUCCUUUGGCUCUACAAUUCCUUGCACAACAACAACCCUGGAGUGGUGGUUGCUCCACCGCCGGAGAAGCAGGCAGUGGGUCGAUUCGACACUAACUUUGUCGAGUCACGAAGGGCAGCGUUGGAGCGCAUGCUUAACAAGAUCGCCGGUCAUCCAAUCCUCCAGCAUGAUGGCGAUCUCAAAAUAUUCCUUGAGAGCGAGGCGUUCAAUGUUGAUGUAAAGAAUAAGGAAAACCGGGAGCCUGAUCUAGGCCAAAGCAAGUUUGUGGAGCACGACGACUGGUUCCACGACCGAAAGAUCUACCUUGAUGCGCUAGAAAAUCAACUGAAGGCCCUACUGAAGUCCAUGGAUACCGUCGUUGCACAACGGAAGGGCCUUUCUGAAUCCGCGGGUGAAUUCUCAAACUCACUCCAUGCUCUUGCUGCUGUCGAACUCUCACCCGCUCUCUCAUCUCCCUUGGAUGGCCUGUCAGAUGUUCAAUUACGUAUUAAAGAGCUCUAUGAACGCCAGGCCCAGCAGGAUAUCUUGACCUUGGGCAUCACUAUUGACGAGUAUAUUCGGUUGAUCGGCAGUGUCAAGACCGCAUUUUCCCAGCGCCAGAAAGCCUUCCACAGCUGGCAUAACGCCGAGUCGGAUCUCUCGAAACGCAAGCAUAACCAGGAGAAGCUUCUUCGACAAGGCAAAACACAGCAGGACCGUCUCAACCAGGUUAAUGCUGAUGUCGCGGAUGCAGAGCGUAAGGUGCAUCAGGCCCGGUUACUUUUUGAGGACAUGGGCCGCUUGAUGCGGAAUGAGCUGCAAAGAUUUGAGAGGGAGAAGGUGGAGGACUUCAAGUCCGGGGUGGAGACUUUUCUUGAGAGUGCAGUGGAGGCUCAGAAAGAGUUGAUCGAACUCUGGGAGACCUUCCUUCUGCACCUCGAUGCGGGAGAGGACGGAGUGCCUUACUACAUACCACCCCCAGUGGCUGGCGAGCCGAGCGAGCCCACAGCAUCAGAGUCUACACCAUCCCAUGCGGAAACAGCCUCGGUGGCUGAAGACGAUUGA